AUGUCCUUAAGCAUCUUGAUUGUGUACGGAUUCCUUCACUUUUUGUUGUGUUCAAUUCAGGGAGAGUGCCCCCAGGCUUGUUCUCGCGACUUCUCCUGCUGUUUCAUCGGUUUUGUCAAGAGGAAUGGAAGAGCGAAAUCAAUCCUGAAUUGUUCAAUAAUUUUGCCGUUUCACAUUAUUCCUGAUCGUGCAAUUUCCAUUGUCAUGAUAUUGCAUUCUUCGUCUAUCGAAGUCGUUUUUCACGAUGGAAGUGAUUCUCGUGAUCUGAAUACAAGUCGAGCCAUCUACUCGCAGCUGAAAUGUCUUCUUGAAGACAUUCGCAAGGAAUCAUUCUGGUUAAAGGACAUGAAGUACGAAAUGAGCAUCUGCUGCCCUGUGUGUUCUCAAAAAGAUAGCAGAUGCCGUGCUCAUGAUGUGCGUGGUUGCGAGUGCUUGCACUUGUUGUCAGAGUUAAAGUUACGUGAUCGUCCGUAUUGCAACAAGCCUGGCAUUCGUGGAGAUCCAACAAUUAAUAUUAAAACAUUUGAACACUGGUUUGCACUGUCAGAAGCUCAAGGCAGCAGUACUCCACUCAGUCAGGUUGGUUCCUGAAAAAUUAAGUUUCCUGAGACACGCUUGGCUUAUUUCAGUUGCAUAAAAUUAUCAUAUGAUAAGAUUGCUGUUUUUUUUUUCGGGCUAACCUAAGAGUAUAAUUGCGGCAAGGAAUGUGCACUACUGUAGCUUUACUUACUUUGUCUAAACAGAAUACUGACUUGAUGUACGUAAGAUCUUAGACGUAGAUGAUGGUGGUUAUUAUUAUUAUUAUUAUUAUUAUUAUUAUUAUUAUUAUUAUCAUCAUUAUUAUUGUUAUUAUUAUUAUUAUUGUUAUUAUUAUUAUUAUUAUCAUUGUUAUUAUCGUUUAUUAUUGAAUAUGGCGAUAAUAAUAUUAAUGUAGAAAUGAUGAGGAUAGAAAAUUUGCAGUGCGCAGUUUGCGUAUACUUAGAUAUGCUUAAAUACGUAGAUCGAUUUAUUGCACUGGUGGGAAUUCAACACACAACAUCGCAGAGAUCAGUUAAUCAUAAUUUUUUUUAUACAUUACCUAGCUGCUUGAAAUGUUGACUGUAGCAGAUUGCGUAGCCUGUGAGAGCAGACACCUUUUUGGCUCUAAUAAAAGUAUUGUAUGUGUCGGUUAAUUAUUAACAAACUCCAUUCAGGUUACACCUGACAGAGGUCCCACUGUCUUUGAAAACGAUAGACAGAGAAGGGGAGACAUCUGAGAUCACUGUUUGGAAUUUGAUAGAGGCUUGACUGGAGGUGCAUUACCGAAGCCAUUAUUCAUAGUUCUUAUGAUUUAAAGUCAUUUUCUUCAUCUGUAUCUUUACAGCAUCAAGAUGUGACUCAACGUGACAACAGCGGAGAACACCGCAUAACUCCAAAGGAAGGUAAGCCCAUUUAUUGUUGUUGCUUCUGUUGUUGUUGCUAUCAUAAUACACAGUAUACAGGUGUCGUCGAAAAUAAGCCAAUGUAGUCUUGAAGGAAAAAUGCGGCUGGUUAGAAAUUAAUUAACUUAAAGAAAAACCGCAUACUAGUAUUCGAUUAGUUUUUUCCCGCGCGAUUUACAGUGUAGCUCUGAUGCCAAAUGAUUGUACGGUUUGUAGCCAUCUUGGACCGGCUGGAUUGCUGGCUGGCACAUUUUUCCUCGAUCUCAAUGGAUAAGUUUUCUCGACCGGAGACUGGUCUCUGGUAUUUUGGUGACUCGCUUGUUGACUACAGAUGAAAUGUUGGCGAGGUUUUGUUCACAAAGAGUUGGUUUAUUGUUUUUUACUCUCAGUUAUUGAUGUUCCGUUUAUUUCAGUUCCCUUCAUAGAAAAUGCUCCAUUCUAAGAUAGUCAGAUAUCCUGGUAUUAUGUCAACAACGUGUUCGGCACGCUGUAUUUUAGAUAAGCCUCAUCAGCUUAUGACCGACGGUUAAUAUUAGCCUCCGCAAUAUGUUUUGUAUUAUUAUUUUUUUAAAUUUAUCUUGCAAUCAGAUCAGGUUCUUGUCAUUCGUUUUAUGUAUGGCGUUAAAAAAGUUGUAGUUUGUGAAUCAAAAAUCAAAAGAAUGUGGAAACAUUUACUUCCCCUCCUCCUUUGCCUUAUCACCCCUCCCUGUCGAAUGCACCCCCCUAAUUUGCAUUCAUUUAUUUAUUUACGUACAAGACUUUUACAAAGCAAAAACAAAAACAAUGGCGAGAGUUUAAGUGUGCCUUGGCUAAAUCUUACGACGUUAAUUCUUUCAAUCUGUCCCAAGUGUUGCGCUGUACAUAAUGUUGUGACAAUGGUCUUAGCGAAAGUUGCGACUGUUUAACACCCCUUUCGACGUUGUUGCAAGAUCUUGGGAAGAGUUUAAACCCGUUUGAAUUUCGUCAUAACCGGAGAUCAGGCCGAAUUUUGGCAGCUCUUUUGUUGUCCCUGGCAUUUUUUUUACCGAGCAAAACGAAAAUCGAGUCUGAACUCAACUUAACUUUGUCACAAAAUCGCCGUAACAUUUUUUUGUCUCCAAAUGUUGAACUUGCUAGAUGUAAAGCAUCUUUUGUAACUAUUGUUCAACUCGUCCAUGCGCAAGGUAGCUAAUAAACAUGUUUUUCAAUAAAUGCGACUAUUUAUUUGUAACGGCUGUGAGAAAAUUUUGGCUGCUAUGUUUAGUAACAACAUUGUUAUUUAUCAUUCUAACAAUACUCAUUGUUUUGUUUUUGUUUUUGUUUGUUUUGUUUUUUUUUUGGCAGAAACUGUAUCGGAAAGAUCUGCCUCUGAUCCACCAGAAGUCAUCAUUAAUCAGCUUAAGAAUCGGGAUCUUCCGAAAAGAGCGACACAUCUUGAUGUCAGCCGCCUACCAGUCGACGUUUUGUUACCGUGUGAAGAGAUAAUUUAUUGUUAUUCAGUUAUUUUGCUUUCGCUGGUGAAAAUAGGAAAAGCCAAUGUAGAAAUCAUUUAUUCUUUAGUCUUAACUUCUUUUAGUCGUAAACAACCUGUUGAUCUAUUGAGCGUAAACUUAUUUGUCAAGUCAUAAUUGUAUUUAGUCUUCAAACUGUAAUCAACCUGUAAGAAGCCGUUAUCCACCUGUGUAGCUUUUGGAAGUAAUUAAUGUUUCAAAACAAGCUUAGGUUUCCACCAAUAGUCUUGUAGAAAUGAUUGUUGUGCUCUGUAAUUUGACUCGUUGAGUUGUGAUGUAAUCUGUAUCGCUUCGCUAGCUUAGGCUUAAAUGCGAGUGCUUUGUAGGAGCUUCUUUGGUUACAUCCAGGUCCAUCUAGUCCUGGUUACAUCCAGGAUCAUCUAGUCUUCGUUACAUUUUGGUUGGUUGUGUUCCUGACUCUACCCGCAGUAUAGUCUUGGAUUAAACUUCUACGUUGGACCCAAGUUCUGUUGUGAUCAUUGUCUCAAGGGUAUUCAGCAGGCGUAAGAGAUUCCGUGCCUUCCCGCAGCCAGCGAGUGUCCCCAGGAAAAGGCCUUUCCCAGAGAAUUUUAGAGUUUUUCCCCGUCCGUCAGUUUACCCUUUUGUGAAGGCAAAACCUGUUUCCACACUGGUGUUAAAGUGAAAAAUAGUGUUUUCACACUGGUCGAGAAGAGUGGCAAUUACGCAAGGAAUACCAGAGGCAAAGAAACCUUACAGAACAGGAUGUAACCCCUUGGAGCAAGAGAGUACGCCCAAGUAAGUCAAUUUAACUUGAUGCCGAAGUUUUUCUCAAGAAGAAAAGAACCUUACAACCUAAGGAGCCGGAGUAAGAACCAAAGUUGUACUCCGAAGUCGAAAGUAGACGCCUGCGUCGAGUGCGAUUUGCCUUUCGACGAAUCAAAAAUAGCCCCAGAAUUGAGGCGUGGGCCAGUUGUUAAAGAAGGAACUAGUUCAGAACCGUUAGAACCUUCUCACAAAAACUCUGUGAGGUUUAACACGACCAACUUGGAACCCGUGGAUAUUAGUGUAGAUUCCGAUAGCGACGACAGUCUUAGUGCUUUGGACCUACGGCGCCUCAGAGCUCUCGUAGAAUCUGAGGAAGAACUUUCUUCAGAAAACGAGAGAGAAAAAGAAAAAGAAAAAGAGAACUUUACGGAUAGCAUUUUUGCAACAGGUAGUCAACAGGUACCCGCGAGUUCGUCACCUGCUACUGGUAGUACGUCGCCUCCCAGUAAUACAAUACCACCUACAACCACACCUGUGGAUCCUACAGUAAUUGAACAACCAGAAGUGUUAAAUACUACACCAAUUGUUCCCGAUAACGCUGCUGGUGGACAACCGUUACCAAAUAUUAAUUCACCUGCUGAUAUUUACGAACACUUUUCCCGGAGGGUAGACUACAGAGAUAACUUCAAAACGGGAACGCCUCCGAGUAGUAAUUUGACUGGAUCGCAUGAUAAGACUGAUAGAACUCCUGACGACUCUAGUGAUAACAGUGAAUGCGAAUCAGCCUUACCAGCUACAAAUACAGAGAGUUGUAACACGUGCGACGCUACAGGUAUCAUGCAAGCAGAGGAGUUAACUAGAUUGCAAGACCAAGUAAUUGCAUUACAACAAGAACUUAAAUCACAACAAGAGAAAGCUCAUGUCUUUCGUACAAAAACUAUCAGUGCCUUUGAGCAAACUCCGAUUCCGGAUGUAUCCAGUCCGCACAGACCGACCGCAUUUCACGGCUUUGACUCCGAGGAUAUCAAUCGAUGGCUGGAUAAGGUGGAAAAUUAUUUGACACUACGCCGGAUAGAUACAUCCACUCCUACCGCUUUGGCAGAACUUGUACUGAAUCUUGCGGGGCCAGCUGAGGACUUUUAUUAUUCCCUACCUGGGGAUUGUAAGGAUACCUUUACUAAGCUGCGUGAUGCCUUGAAGGAGAGAUUCGCAAACGAGAACCAGAGCUGGAUUAUUUGGCAGGCAAUUACUACCCGCCAGCAGGGACCUGUGGAGCCACUUGACACCUAUUUAACUGAUUUGACCGGAAAGUUUCGUCGAAUCAACAUUUCAGAUGCCGAUAAGAUGCGUUAUUUUGUUCAAGGGCUAAGGGCUGAUUUGAGAGAAACUGUUUUGCUAAAACAACCAAAGACUUUCCGGGAAGCGGAAGAAAUGGCCCGCCUCGCAUCCGCAGUUAAAACCACGAUGAGCAAUUCUAAUGAAACCGUUACGAUACAAUUACAUAAUUUAACGAAGACUUUGAACACUCUGGUGGCCAAUAGUAACAGCCCAGUGAGUACAAAUCAACAACAGUCGCUUCACACCCAGGUCGAAACCUUGACACAAAAAGUGAAUUCACUCAUGCCUACAGUUACGAAGUCAGAUAAAGUUGCCGCUUAUUCAGAGCCACAGGUGGAUUUCCAAAGUAAGAUUGAGGACCUUACUAAACUUGUGAAACGCAUGGAAGGUAACUUUCAGGAUCAAAUUGCCAGUUUGGAUAAGAGGAUGGACGCACGCAUCACUGGCCUCGCACAACGUCAGCGAGAGACUCGUAAUACUAGGGAGCGAUCAAGAGAUGGCCGCCCUUAUUGUUAUGUAUGUGGUUUGCCUGGCCAUUAUCAAAACAGUUGUCCACGACGGAACAACCGUGAACGUGACCGCACGCCAGUGCCCAGGUACGCGCUACCUGCUCCUGAUAAUUACACACGAUAUUCAAGUGGCCCUCAAGCACGACAGCGAGCCUUACCACCGCCGCCACAUCAAAGCCGAAUAGCUGCCUUUCAGGACAGUACUCCAACCUCUUCCAGCCAGCCGGAGUUGCCUAUAUACGACUCUCCCAAAUAUGACUCCUUUGAUUGGGAUUAUUAUUAUGGUGACUUUAACGAUGAUGAUUUCUAUGGACAUUGGGAUUAUUACUACGAUUAUGAACCAGAAACCGAGGCGAGCAAUAAUGUAGACGAGUUAGAUGGAGUAUAUGAAGAAACACCGCCAACAAGUGUCUCUACCUUGGUCGAGAAUUUACACAGUACAGUAACCACUGACCAGCUGUUAUUGCCUCCUUUUCCGUUUCAAGAUCCCUGUCCUUCUUCGUGGCCAUCCAAAGCUGCUGGUUUGUUACUUGAAGAAACACGGGCUGCGCCUAAUCCGUUGACUGAGUUGUCGCUUGCCAACUUUGGAAAGAAUCCUGAACAGCCUCAACAAGGACCAAUACCGAGUGCCACACCUCAAUUAGAUGCAGGUAUGAGUAGCUUGCCGCCAUUCACUGAUAAAGUAGACCAGUUAGCAGACAGCUUUGAGAUGGGAACUGAAUUUGAUCCACCCGUCCCAGCCACUAAUCCGGUGCCGACUGCAACAGCCAUACGUAGUAAGACUGCUGACACUACAAUUCUGGGACACUAUCCUCCAGCUGAUCAUGAGCCAAAGGAAGAACCAGCCAUGACCUACCAGCCAGCAACAGUUGAUAUCUUGCCACCCCCAUACCCAGGUGACGUUGGAGUAGAUCCUACUCAGUAUUUUGGAACUAACUAUCCCAAACCAGCGUUAGCAGGUUACAAUAAAGUAGCUCCUAGGAAGGCUCAGCCACAGACCAAAGAGGUAAAGCAGAAGUCAACAGCCAUUGCUUAUAGUACCCUGAACGCUGAUAACCACGUUACAGGAGAUUCCAGCCGAUCUCGCCAUGAAGACCUUCCCACAGAGAGCCCAACCGCUAUGCACUCUGGGGAGAAGACGAGCAACUCAGUUUCGGCUCAAAAUGUCAGAGAAAUGGUCACGACUCAAGUCAGUAAACAGGUGAAACCCUUAACCAAUCAGGAAACAGACAGAACUACAAAGCUAGAACAGAACUACCAUGUAGCUCCCAAAGCGAUACCGAGUGACCAAUCAAGUUUCCCUUGCCCUGAGAUUAGACAGUCAAAUCCUGAUACUGGACAACCAGGUAGUAACCACUCUCUACGAGCGCAGAUAGUUUCAACAGAGCCGAAAACCAAAAGAGCAACUCAUUCUCAGCUUCAUAAUGAUUACCAGCACGAACUUAAGGACCAGCUAACUAAAGUUAUAAAGGAUUUGGAAGGAAAUCUGUUGAACAAGAUUACAAUUUUGGAACGACGCUUGGGAGGAAACUCAAGACACAGUAAGGUACAACCAUGGAAAAGGACUUGCUUUUACUGUGGAAUGGUUGGCCACAUUCAGAUCAACUGCCCUCAUCGUAGUUGCCAACAAGGGUCCUAUAAUUAUAAAGUACUUCACAAGCCAGAGCGAAUCCCGCAUCAAGCCCCUACGUUUCAGCCGGCAUACACAGCCAGAGACAAACCUCGUUGCCAAGAUUCAGGAGAGGAACCAUAUGACGUCAACCACAACUCGACAAAAGUUGGAGUUAUCCUGGACCAGCCAAAGGAAGUACUUAAAUUGGGCCACCUAAGUUCAGUUGCAGCGAACAGCUUCAAGCAAACAAGUUUCCAGAUACCCAAUGUGCCACCCAACUGUAGAAAUCUUUUAAAUUCCCAGGAACAAGAGAAACCUAAGUACCAGCAGAAUACCCUUAUUUCCUCUAGUCAAACGCCUGGUGAAAGAAUCCGCAACCAACAAGUCGCAAGAAGUUGUACAGAAAAGUCUCCGUCUCAAAAGUUGACCAAGACAAAGAUUUUAACAGAAACUGACAGUGAAGAAAUUAAGGAUAGCAACAUGAUGAUAACCGGCGAUAUAGCAGGUCAGAACGUUAAUUUUCUUUUGGAUACCGGUGCUUGUGCCUCCAUUAUUGACGAGAAGCUACUAUACAAGAUUUAUGAUCAAGGAGCAACAAUAUUGACAAAUGGAUCGGUUCAGUUUGUUGAGACAAUCACAGGACAAAAAGUACCAUUGUUGGGAAAAGUCGAAAUUCCUGUCGAAAUCAAUGGUGUUCUCUAUCCCAGCUGUUUUCAAGUGGUACAGGGUCUUUGUCACGAAGCCAUACUUGGGCAAGAUUUCUUGCAAGCAUACGGUGCAGUUAUAGAUUUCAAGAACAAACGUGUGAAAUUAGAAGAUACUUCCUUGCACUUCAAGGAAAUGUCAAGAACGACUGAAGAAUGUAUUAUCCCCACAUACGCCCUCAGGUUUAGGAGAAAUCAACGUUCAGCGACUAUCCAAGCAUCGCAGUCCAGCAAGACGCCCACUAUUAUCAAAAACGCGGUGAAGCUUCAGAAGGCAGGCAAAUCGGCAACGUUGCAGCCCAAAAUUUCAUUUAUGUUCGAGAAGUUUAUUUCCUGGUUCAUGCUACUAGUGCUCUUUCACCUGUGUUUUGCUUCACAAGCUCAUAAUUUACCUCCAGUGCAACUAACAACUCAAAAGCUCCACAACAUGCACGACUACCGCCAGUCUGCAGAGAAAGAAUUGUUUCCAUCUCCUAAAAAUGAUGGCAGAUUGACGACCGAAACUCAUACCCAUAAUUGGCAUCAACCAGUAUCUUCCACAAAGUUCAAGCACAAUUUUCCGUUGCUGAAUGAUGACCCUCUCGACGACUUAAUACCGAAGGAUCUCACCAGUAAAUGACAAUGGCCAUCCACUAACAGAGAGCACGACUUUAAGAAGAGGAAAUAGUUAGUGUGUAAUUUCUAAGAGUCCAAGAGAUAUGGGAUAGAAUAACGAAUACACCGCUGAGUAAUUUAUAAUCAAUUAAUAUAAAUCCGUCCAAGCCAGAGAUAAGGCUCGAAUAAGAAGAAACAUAAUAAGAAGUUAAAAUAAACAGAAUCGAAGAUCGAGAAUUGAGAAGUACUAAAUGAGAGUUUCAAGUAACCUUAAGUGUGAGAGUUUUAAGCUAAGAAACGAGAGUUUGAAACGCAUAUAAUAAUCUUUUAGUAGUUUCGCUGAGUAAGAAUGCAUGUAAGUAAUUUCCCUCAAAAGGCGCAUAUUUUGAGGUACGUUAAUCUUCACAUAGAUCAGCUUUUAUUUUCAUUUGAACCCCCGAGGCCACUAUAUUUAGGCUAGUUCGGUUUAUGCCGCGGUUCAGGCACAAAAACAAAUACAAAAUUUUCAAAAACCAGAAAAUCAAAUAUAAAAUUUCAACAUAAACGUAAGUUUUAAUAUUUUCAAUUCGCUGUGCUUCUUCUUAAGUUUUCUCGUAUAUUUUUGAUCGUUUUUUUUCCUCUAAUCAGCUGAGGACAGCUGAGACUUAAGGUGGGAGGAAUGUGAAGAGAUAAUUUAUUGUUAUUCAGUUAUUUUGCUUUCGCUGGUGAAAAUAGGAAAAGCCAAUGUAGAAAUUAUUUAUUCUUUAGUCUUAACUUCUUUUAGUCGUAAACAACCUGUUGAUCUAUUGAGCGUAAACUUAUUUGUCAAGUCAUAAUUGUAUUUAGUCUUCAAACUGUAAUCAACCUGUAAGAAGCCGUUAUCCACCUGUGUAGCUUUUGGAAGUAAUUAAUGUUUCAAAACAAGCUUAGGUUUCCACCAAUAGUCUUGUAGAAAUGAUUGUUGUGCUCUGUAAUUUGACUCGUUGAGUUGUGAUGUAAUCUGUAUCGCUUCGCUAGCUUAGGCUUAAAUGCGAGUGCUUUGUAGGAGCUUCUUUGGUUACAUCCAGGUCCAUCUAGUCCUGGUUACAUCCAGGAUCAUCUAGUCUUCGUUACAUUUUGGUUGGUUGUGUUCCUGACUCUACCCGCAGUAUAGUCUUGGAUUAAACUUCUACGUUGGACCCAAGUUCUGUUGUGAUCAUUGUCUCAAGGGUAUUCAGCAGGCGUAAGAGAUUCCGUGCCUUCCCGCAGCCAGCGAGUGUCCCCAGGAAAAGGCCUUUCCCAGAGAAUUUUAGAGUUUUUCCCCGUCCGUCAGUUUACCCUUUUGUGAAGGCAAAACCUGUUUCCACACUGGUGUUAAAGUGAAAAACGUGUUUUCACAACCGACAGUCGAGGAUUGUGAAUUUCUAAGCUGUCUGUCCUUUCUGAAUCCCGGUUUUUGUAGGAAUUUUCACAGAGAUCUUGCUUACGUGUACCUCGGAGAUAUGGGAAAAGAUGAAAGGAAGCUAAACGUUGCUGUAAUGAACUGCUACAGGGGUUCUGCCUCUGCAGGAGGAUCCACGGUUGUUGUAUUAAACGCUGUGAAAGUCUUGAGGCCCAAAGCAGUGUUCUGUGUGGGCUUCUGUAGGAGCUUAGACUGUAAUAAAGUUAAACUUGGAGACGUAGUAAUUUUAGAGAAGUUAAUAACAUAUGGCCCGUGCAAAAUCACAGAGGGUGGCAUUGACGAACGCGGAGUUAAAGUUCAAUUGAAGUCCGGUCUUUCGAAGGUGAUGUUAAGGGCUGGUGACGGCUGGCAGCCACAUUUGAAAGAUUUAAACGCACGCGAAGUGGAGAUACAUCGUGGCGCGUUUCUGAGUGGAGCUGAGGAAGUUGUCGAUAGAAAACGAUGUGAAGCACUCAUCGAAAGAUUUCCAGAAGUGGUCGCUAUAGAAAGAGAAGGUGAAGGUAAGCUUUUUUGGCCAGUUCAUAUUUUAACAGAGUGUUCAUGAACUCGGUUAGUAAAAUCUAAACGAUUGUCUACGUCCUUGGAAUUAAUUCCUUGUUAGAGAACUUUAUUUAACGAGACAUCUUCAAAUUACAAUCUUCAAGAAUCCUAACUGUCAAUUUUUUAUUUAGUCACCAUUAUUUUGUUGUCUGUGUUAUUGCCAUUUGCGUAUUGAUGCCUUCUAAUCAAUGUUAAAGUGAAGUUGUCUUUUGAACCUAAUAAACCUGACUUUUUCCGCGGCUAUCUGCAUGCGUGAGCUCAAAACUUCACUUCUCUCCAUUUACUAUGAUUCUUCACUUUCAGGUGUGUAUACAGCAGCGCAUGACCUGGACAUUGAGUGGACUGUUAUUAAAGGAAUUUCAGGCUACGCGGAUGGCAGAAAUGAGUCCAAUUCCUGGAGACCGUUCGCAAGUUUAAUGGCAGCUUCCCUUAUGGCUCAUAUUCUCAGUGAUGCAAUUCCCUUUCAAGACAUGCCACACUACAGAAAUGAGAGUAAGUAUUGGGCAUGCAUACAUAUUUCUCAUAACCUCUCUCAUCGUCCCAGUAGUGCAGCUGUUAUUAAAAGCAUUAGUUCCAAGCAGUCUGAAUCUUGAUUUUGCUGCCGGAGGUGGCGUAGCUAACAAAAUGUUUUGUUCUAAUAAUGCAACGUUGUUAUGUAUUAGAUACGUUAAAUAUACACAGUGUUAGAGUUAUUAAAGGUAAAAUCACUUCUCUUUAUUCAAAACGAUGCCAUUUUAUUUUUAUUGCUUGUAGCUGAAGAAAGAGGUGAAAGGCGCAUAUCAUGCAAGAGGCGUAAGAAAGUGGGUAAUUCAGGUAGGAAGACAAGGCUUUUUGCUGAGUAUAUUUUUUCAUUUAUUUACAAACUUCACCAAAAGGCUUGGAAUUCCUCUACGUGGUCCAAAAAAAAUGAACAACAACAAAAUAAAAAAACAGAAGAUCGUCCCGGGGUUAACCGCAAAACAAUUGUGUUUAAGUAAGCAUUUUUUAUUGUAAAGUUAACUGAAUUUAGUUCGCUUCUUGGAGGCAAAGUUUUGGGUAGUUUUGAUUAAUUUUCAUCAGAAAUAAGCCAUAAAAAGGAAAAGGCCCAAGUAGUUUAAAGCAGCAGUCUUCAAAAGUACAAUCAAAUUAAAUUAAUUAAUUAGGCAAGCUUCGGAGAUGGCGAUUUGGUUUAAAUGUGGGUGAGAUAAACUUAUUGAUUUUAUAACAGUUCUGGGUGUUAAGGGCAAGGAAAAUCCCCAUUACAUAAACUGCAAGUGAAUCGACCUUUGUUGGGAAGAUGCUGCAGUUGGGCAGAAUAAUAUCCGAUGUGCAGUUUCUAUAUUUUUAACGAAAGUUUUCCUUUGUUUUCUGGUCAAAAGGUGAGAGAAGGAAAAAGCAAAGGAAAGGAAAGUAAACCAAAACCAGCAUGGCGGACAACAAAUGUUCCCUGCCCUGUCAGUAGCUCAAGGUCAGAAUCAGAACACGAUGUUUUUUUAUGUAUAUACUCCUCUUAUGUAACAGAAAGUGGGCGUGUUUGGUACUUGUUUGGUAUCAGUUUAUUGGACAAUUGACCAUUGACAAUUUUUCUAUGAAUUUAUAUCUGUCUGAAAUUUUGAAAAUGUUUCCUUAUCGUUAACAAACACCCAGGAACAGUAAUGAGGUAGAAAGAGAAGAAAAAAAGUGAUUUUCCUUUUAACAGCAGAACUUUUCCACUUUGCAGGUGUGUAGUUAUCCUUGGAUGUCCAGCUCAUAACCAUGAUGGCCACGUUGCAGCAGAAAACAAUUGUCUGCCACGUCAUCGUGACGGAGCUAUUGACCCACAGCGAGAUACUGUUGGUAGAGACCGCUUUGUAAUGGGAAACGUGUAUAUAUAA